AAGUUUUUCCUUACCCAGAAAUUAGCAAUGAAGAACUGGCAGAAAUCAACCAGUUUGUGGGACCUGUUGAAAAGUUCUUCAAUGAAGAAGUGGACUCGAAGAAAAUCGAUCAAGAUGCAAAAAUCCCACCCGAAACCUUACAAGGACUGAAGGACCUGGGUCUCUUUGGCAUGCAGAUUCCAGAGGAAUAUGGUGGGCUGGGCCUGUCAAACACCAUGUAUGCACGUCUGGGAGAAAUCAGCUCCCUGGAUGGCUCCAUUGCAGUGACCCUGGCAGCUCACCAGGCCAUUGGGCUGAAGGGGAUCCUCAUUGCUGGCACCGAGGAGCAGAAGGCCAAGUACCUGCCCCGCCUGGCCUCGGGGGAGCACAUUGCUGCCUUCUGCCUCACCGAGCCCGGCAGUGGGAGUGAUGCUGCAUCCAUCCAGACAAGGGCAACCCUGAGUGAAGAUGGGAAACACUUCCUGUUAAAUGGCUCCAAGGUCUGGAUCUCCAAUGGUGGCCUGGCCAGUAUUUUCACAGUGUUUGCCAGGACAGAGAUUGUGGACAAGGACGGGCAGGUGAAGGAUAAAAUCACUGCUUUCAUCGUGGAGCGGGACUUCGGGGGCGUCACCCAUGGGAAACCCGAGGAUAAACUGGGCAUUCGAGGCUCCAACACCUGUGAAGUACAUUUUGAAAACACCAAAGUGCCUAUAGAGAAUGUAAUUGGAGAAGUUGGAGGGGGAUUUAAGGUUGCCAUGAAUAUCCUCAACAGUGGAAGAUUUAGCAUGGGCAGUGCAUCUGCUGGAAUGAUUAAGAAGUUGAUAGAACUGACAUCAGAGUAUGCUUGCACCAGGAAACAAUUCAAUAAGAAACUCAGCCAGUUUGGAUUAAUUCAGGAGAAGUUUUGUUUGAUGGCUGUGAAAGCCUACGUGAUGGAGAGCAUGGCUUACCUGACUGCAGGGAUGAUGGACAGGCCAGGCUUCCCUGACUGCUCCGUCGAGGCUGCCAUGGUCAAGGUGUUCAGCUCUGAAGGUGCCUGGGCAUGUGUGAGUGAGGCUCUGCAGAUCCUUGGAGGCCUUGGCUACAUGAAGGAUUAUCCUUAUGAACGCUACCUCAGAGACACCAGGAUCCUGCUCAUCUUUGAGGGCACCAAUGAAAUCCUGAGAAUGUACAUUGCACUGACAGGGAUGCAGCAUGCAGGGAAGAUCUUAACUGACAAAAUUAAAGCAAUCAAGAAAGGAAACGUGGGAGUGGCGCUGGGGGAGUUCCUGACCAGGUUACAGGACACCCUGGGCAGGAAGGUGGAUCUGGGGCUUGUAGGUGACAGUGGGGUGGUGCAUCCCAGCCUCCAGGAGAAUGCCAAGAAACUUGAAGAAAACGUUUAUUAUUUUGGAACUACAGUCAGGGGCCUGCUAAGUAGGUUUGGCAAGACAAUAGUGGAUGAGCAGCUGGUGCUGAAGAGAGUGGCAGAUGUGGUGAUUAAUUUGUAUGCAAUGACUGCAGCCAUCUCCCGGGCCAGCCGCUCCAUCAGCAUCGGGCUCAGGAACCAUGACCACGAGGUGCUUCUUACAAAUAUCUUCUGCACAGAAGCCUAUUUCAAGAAUAAUUAUGCCAUGGCUCAAUUAGAAAAAUAUGCUGAUGAAAACCUGGAUGAUUCCAUUAAAAAAGCUGCAAAGCAGAUCCUGGAGAAGAGGGCAUACAUCUGCUCUCACCCUCUGGACAGGACCUUCUGAUUCCUCCCUGAGAGCAGGCACUCAUGAAUGUCAGUCAGGGAGGAAUUUGCUGCAGUUCCAGUAUUUGGCAUCUUAAAAGCAUCUGUUAUUUAAUGUCUUUACUAAAUGUAACUGUGUAAAAUAAAACUUCUUUCUAACCAAAA